ACCAAACAGGAGUGGCUCACCUAUCCAAUCCGGACAUUGUACUGCUGAAACUUUUUUUUUUUUUUCUCUCUCUUCUAAAUGUACCAUUUUGCAAUGGAGUGCUGCCACAGAAAUAUAAUUGUGGCAUAUAAUGUUAUAAUAUAUCUUAGCUUAUGCCAGACUAAAAUCGUUAAUCCUGAUUUCUAAUGAAAUUUAAAUCCUAUACUGAGCGUAGAAACAAGGCUUUAAAGUGAUUGAUCUAAGCUAGUCACAGGCGACAAUCCACCAAUGGCGUUCUUCAUGCAAUGUUUUGCUAUCUGCCUCGUCCUCAUCGCCGGCGCCACCGCCGCCCGCCAGAAUCCGACCAUCAAGCUCCGGUCCGCCCUAGACGACGAUAACCUCUUAUGUGAGAGCUGGAAACAGGCGGUGGAGACCAACAACGCCGGCCCUUGGGGCCUGCCCAUUCAGCCUUGCUUCGACUUCGCAAUAUCCUAUAUGACCGGCCUCCGGUACUUCGCCGACAGCAUCGCCGUCGCCAACUACGCCGUGGAAUUCGCCAAGUCGGUGAAUGUGACCGACAAGGACGCCUGGGUUUUCGACGUCGACGACACUUUGCUCUCCCAUGUUCCCCACUUCUGUUCACCUAAUCAAGAAUCAAGGAAAUUGCAGGAGAGAGUGAAAUCUGAAGGGUGGGAAGAUUCAUUGUUGGGUGAUGAGGUUGAUUUGCCGGCGUUACCGGCAAGUUUGGAACUGUACCGAAAUAUUCACAAGUUAGGGUUCAAGAUUUUCUUGCUAUCGGGACGGGAACACUCUCAGCUCAAUCAAACCCUCAGAAAUCUUUUGGAAGUUGGAUAUAUCAACUGGGACAGACUCAUCUUAAGGGAUACAUGUGAGGAGCAUAAGACAGCAUUGAUGUACAAGUCAGAGAGGAGGAUGGAGUUGGUUGAAGAAGGUUACACACUUCAUGGGAACUGUGGUGAUCAGUGGUCUGAUUUGCUUGGAUAUGCCAUGGCCGUUCGAUCCUUCAAACUCCCAAACUUGAUGUAUUAUAUCAAGUGAUUCUAUUCCGAUCCUGUAGUUAAUGUUCAUUUUUACGGGAAUAAAUUACUCUCAUUGUAUUUCAA